CGGAUAAUCCGGCGACAUUCGAGAAGGCCGUUGCGAAAGCCCAGAUGGUGGAGCAGUUGGUAUUCGGGGUAUUGGACCUCAGAACCUGGCAUACUCGCUCCUACAUGCUUCAACUGCGGCAGAUCCGGACAUUAUUCUCGAGUUUGCCCUGCGCCACGCGCUAAUCGACGUCAGUCAGGUACAGGUUCUUUUUUCUCUCGUCCUCAGAGACGUUCUCGUACUUCUAAUUUUCUUCUUCUCGUAAAACCGAUCACGAUUUGCGACAGGCUCGUGAGCAAAUCAGUGCAUUUCGUUGCGCGAGAACCAAUCGGCUCUCGAGUAUUCCGACGCUAG